GAUUUCUUUAAAAAAAUUUCCCGAAAAUUAUUAUAAAUUUGACAAAUUUUUGCAGAAAAUAUAUUAGUGUGACAUGAUACAUUGUUACAAGAGUAUCAAAUUUACAAAAUGACUUGCAGAUUCUUGGUUUUAAUCUUUUUGGCAGCUUUAUGGCAAACUUGUUUAGCUGCUGUUACAGAUUGUCAAAAAUUGCCACCAAGAGUUGAUCCUGCUACAUGUUGCCCCAUACCGGAAUUAAUAACGGAUGAAAAUAAGGAGAAAUGUAAAGAGUUUUUAAUGGAACCGGAGCCCUCGUUUUUGCCAAUGGCCAAUGAAAAACCACCUUCCAGUUCUAAAAAAAUAGCUCCCACUGCAGUAGGACCUCGUGAUCAAGUUAAUAAAAAACAUCGUGGACCUUAUAUGCAUUUGUGCUUUAUGAACUGUGCCCUUAAUGAUACUGGUAUUCUAACCAAUGAUAAACUAAACGAAGCUGCACUAUCGUCCCAUCUGAAGAAGGUACUUAGCGAUGUGCCAGAUUUGAUACCGGUUUUAGAAACUUCCUUUAAAACAUGUUCGAUAAAAGGUGAAAAAUAUCAUGAAGCAAUGAAAAAAAGGAAAAAUGCGAACACUACACCAGCAACGGUAACAAAAGAUCGUAUGUUUCGGCCAAAACGUUGUCCACCAAUUGCUAGUCAUUUAUUGGCUUGUGUUUUCAUGGAGACCUUUAUGAAUUGUCCAGCUUCAGUGUGGUCGAAGGCCAAGGAAUGUAAUGACUUACGCAAUCACAUGCUAAAUUGUAAACCAAAACACAGUAUGGAAGAUUCAAGUUCUAGCUCCAGCUCAACCGAAGAGGAGAUGUGAAAACAUGGAAAUAUGUUACAUGUUUAAAUUAAUCGAUUACUCCUUUUAAAUAAAAAC